AUGAUUUCGGCUAUUCUACUGUACAACCAGAAGGGCGAGGUGCUGAUCUCGCGUCUCUACCGCGACGGGUUGCGGAGAAGCAUUGCCGAUGUCUUUCGAAUUCAGGUCAUUAGUAAUCCCGAGGUACGAUCACCGAUUCUUACCAUUGGUUCAACCUCCUUCAUGCACUGCAAGUCCGAGGACAUGUAUGUCGUUGCGGUGAACCGGUCGAACGUGGAUGCCGGCAUGGUGUUUGAGUUCCUCUACAAGAUUGUCGCCCUCGGCAAAUCCUACUUUGGCUCUUUCAACGAGCAGAGCGUCAAGGAGAACUUCACUCUGGUCUACGAACUGCUUGACGAGAUGAUCGACUUUGGCCUUCCCCAAAACACAGAGAUGGAUAUGCUGAAGCAGUAUAUUCAGACGGAGGCCAAGCGAAGUGGCAGCGAGUCUGGCUCCAGCGCCGUGUCUGUGUCUGUUCCCGACGCCCUGAGUAGAUCGAAAUCCAUGAAGGCUCUCAAACGGUCCAAGACCAUCACCUCGCAAAUCACAGGUGCCACUCCCUGGAGACGAGACAACGUCAAGCAUCACCGAAACGAAAUGUUCGUGGAUGUUGUCGAGAAGGUCAACCUACUCAUUUCGCCCACCGGCUCUGUGCUUGUUGCUAAUGUCGAUGGAACCAUUCACAUGAAGUCGCAACUCAGUGGAGUGCCAGAAUGCACUUUUGGACUGAACGAUACUCUUCGUCUCGACCAGGAGCACGACGAGGACGACCCUAGAUCGUCCAAGCGAGGUGGCAGACGUGGCUCCACUGCCCCCACCGGCUCUGUGGGUCUACAGGACUGUGUUUUCCACCCCUGUGUCAAGCUGAAUAACUUUGACCACGACCGGUCGAUCAAUUUUGUGCCUCCAGAUGGUGAAUUUGAGCUCAUGCAUUACAAGUGCGUGGAGAACCUAAGCAUCCCGUUCAAGGUGGUCCCCAGUGUGCAGAUUGUCGGAAAGUCACGAGUCGAAUACGAUAUCGUUAUCAAGGCGAACUUCCCCAAGCAGCAGACAGCUACCAACGUCGUCAUCAACAUUCCCACGCCUCGAAACGCGGCAAAAACCACCAUCAACGCAUCCAACGGCAAGGCGAAGUACGACUCGUCGACCAACCAGAUUGUGUGGAAGGUGUCGCGUAUCAGUGGAGGCUCUGAGAUUUCUCUCCGAGCCACAGCCGAACUCACAUUUACCACGGAGAAGACGCCGUGGAACAAGCCGCCCAUUUCGAUGGACUUUGAAAUCACCAUGAUCACGUGCUCCGGUCUGGUGGUGAGGUACCUCAAGGUGUUUGAGAAGAGCAAUUACAACACCGUUAAGUGGGUACGAUACUUGAUGAAGGGUGGAAGCUACGAGAUUAGAUUUUGA